AUGCUGAUCACAUAUAUAUUAGUUUUAAUUUAUGCCUAUUAUAGUAUUAACGCUGUGAGAGAUGCAAAUGUCCCAAUAAUUUUAGAAAAUCUUGGAGAAUCUUUUAUACAAAUGGGCUUAUUUUCAAGGCUCGCAAGCAUAUUUAAAGAUUUUGGAGAUAAUAUUGUAUGACAAUUUUCUUAUAAAUAUUUUGCGAUAAACAUCCAAAAUUUGGAGAUUUUUUACUCAAAAGCGAUAUCUCUUUUAAGCAAAAAUAAUCUAUGCUCAGCACAAGAUUUUUUCAUUCAAAAAAACAUAAAUUUAUGGAAAGUUAACAAUGGAAUCUAUAGGGAAAAAGCAAGCUUAUUAGACACAACCUCUCAGUUUAUCCAAUUAGUAAAUUAUAAGUAG